CACUUCCGCGUGUCGGACGUUUGUUUUGCUGAUGGUGGAUGUCAGAUUUCGCUGGAUAAUAAACAUCAAAGUUGCUUGUUUUAGACGUAAAGUUGGACACUAAAUACUAUUUUUCUUCAACUGAGGCGAAACUGUGUCACUAGUCUUUGUCAUAGUGUGUUUUUUUUUAUCAUAAGUGUGUCGGUUUUCUAAGGCAGACAGCUAAUGCUAACGACAGCUAACUAGCAGGCUAACAAAGCACGUUUUUAUGAUGAAACAACGUUAAUUAACGGUUUUAACGGUUCUGUGUCAUAUUUAACGCCUUUGUCGUACUUGUGGGGCAAGUUAAACCUGCAACAUGGGUUAGCUACGUUAAAAAGGCGUCUGUCUUGACUCUGAAAACCAAACGACGUGUGUUUAAAGCGAAGUAAACGUUUACACCGUCACCUAGACACACAGAGAUACACAUAUAAGUGGGAAAUAACACGUGGUGACACCUGGAGGGUUUGAUGUUUUGGACUGUCACGUGCAUCAACACGAGACGGCCAUGCUAUGAUGGUGCUACGGCGGCUACUGAGGAAGCGCUGGGUGCUGGGAGUAGUCUUCGGACUGUCUCUCAUCUACUUUCUCACCAGCACUCUCAAACAGGAGGAGCGGACCAUACGGGACCGCACGCUCCUGGAGGUUAGAGACUCGGACCAUCGCAUCCCCUGGAAAGUCCGUUUCAACCUGGGGAACAGCAGCCGGCAGAUCACUCAGUGCAGAAACUCCAUCCAGGGCAAGACGCUGCUCACAGACGAACUUGGUUACGUGUGUGAGAGGAAAGACUUGCUGGUUAACGGCUGCUGUAACGUCAACGCUCCCAGCUCCAGACAGUACAUCUGUAAAAGCUGCCUUGCCAACGGCUGCUGCAGCAUCUAUGAGUACUGCGUGUCUUGCUGCCUCCAGCCUGAUAAGCAAGCUCUCCUCGAGCGUUUCCUGAAUCGUGCAGCUGAAGGUUUCCAGAAUCUCUUCACUGCAGUGGAGGAUCACUUUGAGCUCUGCCUGGCCAAGUGCAGGACCUCCUCACAAAGUGUUCAACAUGAGAACACCUACAGAAAUCCUCAAGCAAAGUACUGCUACGGAGAGAGUCCUCCAGAGCUCCUUCCUGUCUGAUUUCACUUUUUCCACCAGGUUUUAGGAAGCACCGGAGCAGCAGCCGGCCCAUUAAAGCAUAAAAAUAAAGAAAAUAAAGGUGCUCGGAGAAGAGACUCUCAUUAAAUUAACUGCCGUCUUGGACACUUUUGCGUUAUACUGGCAAAAACAGAGAUAAGAGCACAUCCAAGACCAACCUCAGAAUGGACAAAUGCUGUAUGUGAUUUGAUUAUUUACACUUCAUAAGUGCAUAGACUGCUUCAUACAUUCAUCCGUGAUGAUCAUCAGGUCUACAUAGCAGGCAGCUCAUCCAGCAGGAUUCGCUUCAAACCGGUUCAUGUCAUUAAAUAGGCUUCAUUUUUAAACAACAGCUGUUUUGUGUUUUGUUGAUUAUUUUGUCAAAACAAAAAAAAAACAGCAAAGAAUGUGUCAUUACGUCUGUGUUUAGUGCAUGCAUAUGAAACUGCUAUUUAAUAAAAAGUGACUGUGAAAUUAAA